UUUAUAAUUUAAUAUCACGCAAUUAAUUUAAUUUAAUAUUAAACAAUUGAUAAAAAAAUCAAUUAAAUUUGUGAUUUAAAUUGUUUACUGCUAGAAUAAAAAGUUAAAUGAAUUUUAGAUUUCAAUCGAAGAAACCGGUUGUUGCACAUCGAACAUCGAACUUUACGACAGUUGACUGUUGAUCACGGAACAUGGUUGAUCGUUACGCUAUAUCUUUUGUUUAACUAUAUUUAUUGACUGUGUUAUUUUGCUGCGUGUUUUUUUUUUUUUUAAUAUUUAAAUUGUGUAAAUCUUUUGCAUUAUAUCUGUUAACAAAAAUAUGUUUAUGAAUAUUUCGAGUCACGUAACCGCACUUUUUCAUUGUGAUUUUCGCGGUUGUGCUUGACAUCCUGCGUCAUUCUUUGCGUUUGAUUGUUUGAUCGAUAGCUUUGAAAUUUUAUUUUGGUUUUCGCUUGGCUCCAGUUUCCCAGAGCCAGAAUGCUAGAAACAGAGGAAAGAGGAUACUUUCAUUGGGCAGAUUGGCUGGUGUUCGCGUUGAUGCUCGCCGUAUCUGCUGCCGCAGGAUUAUGGCAUUACAAGGGAGCACAGAAGUCGAGCACGGAAGAUUAUCUCUUAGGAGGAAAGAGCAUGACCCUUUUACCCGUCUCCGCUUCUCUCGUUGCCAGUUUCAUAUCUGGUGUGACGAUUCUUGGAACACCUGCGGAGAUAUAUAAUUUUGGCACUCAAUACUGGAUCACUAUUAUUUCCAUAUUUUUUUCUGGUCUCGUCGUGGCUCUUAUUUACGCCCCAGUUUUCGUUGCAUUGGGAUUAAAUUCCGUUUACGAGUACUUGGAAAUAAGAUUCAAUCGCGGCGUAAGGAUUCUCAUAUCGUUGAUCUUUAUAAUUGACGUGGUCCUUUACCAAUCGAUCGUGGUCUACGUUCCAGCAUUAGCGCUAAAUCAAGUGAGCGGUAUCGAUGUACAUUUGAUCGGGAUCAUUGUAUGUCUCAUAUGCAUGUUCUACACUGUUUUGGGUGGUAUCAAAGCAGUAGUUUGGACAGACGCGCUUCAGGUUGGAAUCAUGGUCGCUGGUGUUCUCACUGUUAGUAUAUUGGGUACUUAUCAAAUUGGCGCUGCUGAGAUAUGGAAGAGAUCUUUGGAUGCCAAUAGAAUUGAAUUUUUGAAUUUUGAUCCAUCUCCUUAUACAAGACAUACAGUAUGGACCGUGUUAAUUGGUUCAUGGCUCUAUAGUACCGCUUAUAUAUCCGUGAAUCAAACUAUGGUUCAACGAUACAGAUCAUUGAAAGAUUUGAAAACGUCCAAACUAUCAUUAGCGAUAUUUACUAUCAGUAUUAUGUUGUUCAUAUCAUUAUGCUGUUGGUGUGGCCUAGUUCUUGUAGCCUGGUGGUCUCCACCUAAAUGCGAUCCUAGAGCUUCCGGUCUGAUUACUGCCGAUGACCAAUUAUUGCCCGCUUACGUAAUGGAAAUUGCAAAACAUUUACAUGGAGUGCCAGGUCUUUUUAUUGCUGCAAUUUUUGGAGCAGCUCUCAGUACUCUUUCUGUAGGUUUUAAUUCGACGUCAGUGGUUGUUUUAGAAGACUUCGUGAAAGGAUGCUUCGGUAUGAAACCAAGCGACCAAUGCUCCUUUAUUUUUGUAAAAUGUUUGGUUGUUUUGCUUGGUUGUAUAGCUAUAGGAUUGUUAUUUUUAGUAGAAAAAUUAGGAGGUGUUUUAGUUAUAACUGGAAGCUUAGCAGCAAUAGCUGCAGGCACUUCUUUUGGAGUGUUUACAUUAGGUAUGUUCUUUCCAUGGGUAAAUUCUAAGGGUGCAUUCAUGGGUGCUAUCGUAGGAUUCGUAAUCGCCGGCUGGGCGAGUUUAGGUGCAAAUUGGUCCAUCGGUGCCGGUCUCCUGGUUCCUAAAAAACUUCCGGUGCUCUUUUCUCAUUGCCAAGGCAAUAUUUCUGAAAGUUUCUUGAAGCAAUUUGAUCGUCCAAAUGAAGAUGAUGUAUUUCCUCUUUAUCGAUUGUCAUAUCAUUGGUUCACUGGUUUAGGCACAUUAAUUGUCAUCAUCGUAGGUAAUUUCAUUAGUUGGUGGACUGGUCCUACGGAUGUUUCUUCUAUCGAUAAAAAAUUGCUUUCACCAAUGAUUCAUUCAUGGCUUCCAAAACCUAAAAAUGAAUAUGUUACUAAUACUGAAAAUAAUAGCAGAAAUAAUGAAUUGGCAACAACAGCAAGUCUUUUAUUAUACGAUUUGAAAAAGAAAAGGAGAAAUCAACAUUUUCCUAAUAGCGUUAUAACAUAAUCCAUAAUUUAUUUAAUAUUUGCAAAGAAUGAAAUUAAAGUUUUGUUAUAUCUCUGCAAAUGUUAUUUUGAAUAGUUCAAAUUUUAUAUUGAAACUAAAAUUUUCAAAUAUUUGUGAAAUUUUACUUUUUCUUUGAUCAUGUUCCAGUACUUAAAUUUAAGAUAUUAUAGAUAAUAUUUCUUAUGGUAUCUACAUAAGUUGUAGAUCUGCUAAUUCAAGUAAA